CCGCCCAGAGGCCGAUUCGUCGCGGCGGCGGUGGGGAAUCGCAGGUCGCUCAGGCUUGCAGAUGGGUCAGGGGCUGUGGAGAGUGGCCAGAAACCAGCAGCUACAGCAGGAAGGCUACAGUGAGCAAGGCUACCUCAGCAGAGAGCAGGGCAGGAGGAUGGCUGCCAGCAGCAUUUCUAACACCAGUCAUCGCAAACAAGUCCAAGGGGGCAUCGAUAUAUAUCAUCUUUUGAAGACAAGGAAAUCGAAAGAACAGGAAGGAUUCAUUAAUUUGGAAAUGUUGCCUCCCGAGCUAAGCUUUACCAUCUUGUCCUACCUGAAUGCAACUGACCUCUGCUUAGCUUCCUGUGUUUGGCAGGACCUGGCCAAUGAUGAACUUCUCUGGCAAGGGCUGUGUAAAUCCACUUGGGGUCACUGUUCCAUAUACAAUAAGAACCCACCUCUAGGAUUUUCUUUUAGAAAAUUGUACAUGCAGCUGGAUGAAGGCAGCCUCACCUUUAAUGCCAACCCAGUUGAGGGAGUGAACUACUUUAUGUCCAAGGGCAUCCUAGAUGAUUCACCAAAGGAAAUAGCAAAGUUUAUCUUCUGUACAAGAACACUAAAUUGGAAAAAACUCAGAAUCUAUCUUGAUGAAAGGAGAGAUGUCUUGGAUGACCUUGUAACACUGCAUAAUUUUAGAAAUCAGUUCUUGCCCAAUGCACUGAGAGAAUUUUUUCGUCACAUCCAUGCCCCUGAAGAGCGCGGAGAGUAUCUUGAAACACUUAUAACAAAGUUCUCACAUAGAUUCUGUGCUUGUAACCCUGAUUUAAUGAGGGAGCUUGGCCUUAGUCCUGAUGCUGUCUAUGUACUGUGCUACUCUUUGAUUCUACUUUCCAUUGACCUCACUAGCCCUCAUGUGAAGAAUAAAAUGUCAAAAAGAGAAUUUAUUCGAAAUACCCGCCGUGCUGCUCAGAACAUUAGUGAAGAUUUUGUGGGGCACCUUUAUGACAACAUCUACCUUAUUGGCCAUGUGGCUGCAUAAGAGCACAAUUGCUAGGACUUUAACUUUUAACUUCAAACUAAAACUACCCAAGGACUUGUUUAGCAGAUAUGGGGGUUACAUUAGUGCUGGUCAUUCUAGCCUCUGUAUACAAUGAAGCUUGAGUGUACAACCUUUUUUUUCCUUUACUCUUUUCUUCUUUAGUAAUUUCCUUGGGGAACUAAAGAAUUUUGCAGAAUUUUUCUUAAUUUUGCUUAUCAUGUUUUGCACAAAGCAGAGCCAUUGUCUACACAGCUGUUUAAGAAUGUUAAACUGACAUUAUACUCUAAAAAAGAUGGUAUAUUUGUGCAUUAGAUUUGCCUGAAAAACUUUAUUCAUUUCCAUUCUUUUUUAAAAUACCAUGUAAUGUGUACAUAUUUAACUAAAAAGAUUUAUAAUCAUAAUUAUUUUAUUGUAAAGAUUUUAACUAAAGCCUUUCCUUUUUCUCUCAAACUGAGUUCUGAAAUUUAUUUGAUUCUGAUAUGAAAUUAUUACUGUCUUCAUAAAAGUUGGAUCUGACUUCAAUAGAAACCAAUACCAGCUUCUCUUUCCUUUGAACUUUGAAAAGAGUAUUGAUUUGUUACUAUGCAAAACAGGCACUUAUUUUUAUAACAGAAAUUAAUCACUUCAUUUUUUAAAUUUCUGCAUUAGUUAAGUCUCAAGUCCUUUAAACCAU